AAAGUCAACCCACAAUUAUCGGGUCAAUGAAGUCAUUAAUUAACUAGUAAUAGAAAACACGAAUUAACAUCUAAUUGUGCGGUACGCCACUCGCCUUCCUUCAUUCAAUUCAACGGUAAAUAAAAACGAAAAAAAAACUAAAAUCCUCAUAAAUUGAAUCAAUCGGCGUACAACCACCGUGAGGCCGCCGGUGAGAGAAGGUAGAUAGAGAGAGAGAGAGAGAGAGAGAGAGAGAGAGAGAGAGAGAGCUUUAUCCACAAGCCCAUCUCUCCAAUUAUAAUUCCCCCCUUUUGUAAUUAUUUGUGCAGUAUUUUUCAUUUCCAAAAUGGCAAAGGCAAAGUACGAGCUUCUGCCGAAUCAAGAGCAACAAGGAUCUGAGACCAAGCAUGAAACGAAAUCUUCCACCACCGCCACAGCCACCGCCAAGGACGUCGGAGCUCCGCCUUCGGCGGUGCCGAUAGGAUGGACGGCUGAUGGGGUGCCGGUGUGUGGUGAUCCAAUGAUGCAGAGGUCCCAAUGGCAAUCCGGCAUCUUCUCUUGCCUUGGAAAGAACGAUGAGUUCUACAGCAGUGAUCUUGAAGUUUGUUUACUAGGUAGUAUGGCUCCAUGUGUGCUCCAUGGAAGUAAUGUAGAGAGGCUCGGAUCCGCACCUGGUACAUUUGCUAAUCACUGUUUGCCAUACACCGGUCUUUACUUACUCGGUAAUUGUUUUUUCGGCUGGAAUUGCCUCGCCCCCUGGUUCUCUUAUCCCAAUCGUACAUCCAUUCGUCACAAGUUUAAUUUAGAGGGAAGUUGUGAGGCAGUUACAAGAUGCUGUGGGGGAAGUCUUUUGAUGGAUGAGGAUCAACGAGAGCAGUGUGAAUCGGCCUGUGAUUUUGUGACACAUGUAUUCUGCCAUGCAUGCGCCCUUUGCCAAGAAGCCCGCGAGGUUCGUCGUCGGCUUCCUCAUCCUGCGCUCGCUACAUCCCAGCCCGUUUUGGUCAUGUUUCCACCUGGCGGUCAGACCAUGGCCAAACAGUAGUGCUGUGAUGUAUUCUUAUCUUAUCACAUGUUUAUACAAACCUCUCUGUACUUUUUAAGUAUGCUAUGUUACAAUGUUUCCACCGACUUUUUCACAAAUGUAAGAAACGCAUUUUUAGUUUUU